GUGUUGUCCGCCAAGUCGUCAAGAACCACCUCCGUCGUCGUCGUCCCGCGGGCAACCGCAUCAAAACACCGGGACAACACCCGGGACAAGAUGUCUCACUCUGUCUAUGACUUUGUGUACCACUCUGACCACACCCUCGACUUCCCUGGCCUCUCCUUCCAAGUCCCUGGUGCCGCCCCUGAGCUGCACCCGACCUGCCACUGUUGAACCCGAGCGUCAACACUUUGGGCACUCACCUUAGUUCCAACCGUGUACCUUCUCAGCCAUGGACGGCCCACCCAAGCUGUCCGGCGAGACCCUGAUUGUGCACCAUAUCCCCUUGAUGCACUGCCAGGUGUCGGGGCGGCGGCAGAGGGGCUGCGGUGUCGGAGCUGGCUCCUUGAAGAGGACCAACCCAUUUAGCCCCCUGGAGAACUUGGGUCUGAGUCGCACCACUUCCCUCCCUGAGAGGGACAUCCUCCAGAGGGAAGCGUUGCUCUAUAGCAGCCUGAUCCAGACUUCCACCCACAACGUAGGACCAGAGAGGCAGGAUGGCGGUGGUGGCAGCAUAGCCAGCAACGACUCCUCGUUCACUUCCAGCAUCUCCGACGAGCAACUGGUGGCAGCCCACACUUUACCCCGUAUCAAGACCAGGAGCCACCAUCCGCUACGCCGGAACCCCUUCCUGAUCAAGACCGAUGAUGAGGAGGAGGACGACGAUGAUGACGGCAACCUGAGCGGCUACCACGAGGACUCCUCCUUCCACCUACAUGGCCACACCACCACGGUGUCCUUCCACUUGCAUGACCUGGGCUUCGCCCCUGAGGCACGCAAUCGGAACAGCGCGACCAGGGACUUGGACCCACCGGAGCUGGGCCGCCGGCACGGCAGCAGUGGCUCCAACAUGUCGGUGGACUGUGGCGAGCACGAGUGGGAGGACGAUGAGGACGGAGAUCAUCCCAUGCCAUGCACCCGGAGCAGCAAGACGGGCUCCUACUCCUCUGGGUUAUCCGCGCAGCACUGCUCCUGCUGCACCCUAGCGCAGAACCUCUCCCUGGACUUCCCCCAGGACUUCCCCAACACCUUCCCUAAAGGUGCUCAGGGCUACAGCAGCGAUUCAUCAUGCAACAGCUCAGACGGCGUGCUGGUCAAUUUCAGCACCAUUUACAGCAAGAUGAACAACAGUGUCCCUGAGAAGCAAGGCAACCUGAACAGCCCAGCCGAGCACCCCCCGACGGUUGACCAGCGGGACCCGACGGGGGGGGCGUUUUAUUUGGACCUCCUCACCUCGCCCUCAGAGCCUGCGCUAGCCUUCCCACUCGGCCGAGAGCCUCCAGUUUCCGCCUUCUCUGCCAACUCCUGCUCGGCAGAGCACCAGGCUGCCCUCGAGCUGGACGCUAACUGCAACUCCUACUGUCCGCCGUCUUGCGUGUCUGCGGGCGGGGCAAUGUCCUGCCUUCAGAGUGAGGCCCGCCUGGUGGUGGCCACCCAGAAUUACUACAAGUUGGUCACCUGUGACCUGUCUUCCCAGUCGUCACCCAGCCCGGCCGGAUCGUCGGUCCACAGCAGCUCUGAGGAGCAUAGCAGGGGCAGCCCCGCCAGCCCCACGCAGCCCAGUGAGUACUUCCUGUUCCGGCAGCGAGCCAACCAGGAAGUGGAAGAUGAGGGAGAGGAUGAAGAGUCAACAAGGAGUGGUCUCCGACGACGAGUGUAUCCUGUAUCUGGGUUGGAGCGCUCAAAGUUGGGCUUCGUUGCUGCACACACCCGUGCCAAGUCGUCUCAUGCUACCGAUGCUAUCGAUCUCCUGCUGCAUCAUCUGGCUGCUAAAGAUGAUGAGGAUGAGGACGAGAACGCGGUCGGUGACCCAGACGCCCCUCCUGUGCUCCUCCAGGGCCAAGUGUAUGUCAAUAUGUCUCCCCCACUGGUCAACCAGGGCGCCCCGGGGGCCGCUGCCGGCCGGCCGCGUUCCCGCAGCUACGACCGCAACCUGGACAAAUCGCCGGGGCCCCGCCUCGGCUCGCUGGAGCGCAUGCUCAGCUGCCCCGUGCGCCUCAGUGAGGGGGCCGGCGCCCUGGCCGCGCCGCCCCCGCCUCGGGUCACCUCCUUCGCAGAGAUCGCUCGCAGCAAGCGGCGGCACGGCGGGUCACCGUCCCUCAAGGCGGACCCCUACUCUUCCACUGAGUUUUCACCCAUCCGCGAGCGUAACGCUGCCUCGAAAGCGCCCACUGCAGCCUGUUGCGGCCAAGAUGCAGCCAGGGAGAGCGACGCAGAAGGUGGCCCCUCCAGCUGGUCUGACAUUCAUCCAGCCGUGGUGCGCUACAGCAAAGACCAGCGGCCCACCACCCUCCCCAUCCAGCCCUUCAGCUUCCACCACCAGCUGGCCUCCAAGCCCCCCCAGCCCAAGCCUCUGCUCCCCCUGCUGACUGGCUACGUGUCCGGCAUGCAGGCACGCUCCAACUCCAACCCCGGCAAUGAGGAAGAGGAGAGCGAGGACGCUGCUGGAAACGAGCACCAUCAGGGCGGUGUAAACAGGGCGGCGGCUCCCCCUGGGUCUGUACGCCCAUCACCCCUGGGGAGUUACUCCCCGGUGCACCUUCAAGAGGAGGCCGCCAGCUCCAGGACCUGCUCCACAUGCACCCCGAGCCCCCCUCCGCCUGCGCAUAACAACCUCUCCUGCUGCCCUCAGAGCACCGCCCACACAGGGCCACUACCGCCCCACACACCUCCCCCCGCCAGCCUGGGUGUGAAGAGGGGGAUGAUGCCGCCCACCCUGCCCCCUGUGCACCGGGACACUCUUAGCUCACUGGGGUGUGUCAAGGCUGGGAGCCUCGUGGAGGGAAGCAAAGCGGCCCGGAUGCAGAAUGCAUACCACCUUUCUCCUCAGGCCCUGAAGUGGCGGGAAUACCGACGUCAGAACCCUCUUGGUGGGGAGAGAGUAGCUAGCUCUGCUUCGUCGGAUUCUCAGUGUCCUCCCCGAAAAAACGUCUUCGAUUUCCCUUCGGCUCCCCCCAGCCAACCGACAGGACGCCAUCAUGUCAGGCAAAUGCAGCAGAGUUACGGCAACUUCUUACCGGAUUACUUUUCUUUGACUGAGAGGCCGCCAGAGGAGUUCUGCCUCUCUCCUGAUGCUUCCACAGCUUCAUCCUUGUCCUCUUCCUCCGGCUCACAGUCCCACAUCUGCGUCGACAUGACGCACAAAAGAGGAUUGGUGAAGGCUGUCAACACAGCAGUCGAUCUAAUCGUGGCUCACUUUGGCACUAAUCGAGACCCUGAUGUUAAAGCUAAACUCGGCAACAGCUGGGUGAGUCCCAACGUGGGUCACCUGAUCCUGAAGUACUUAUGUCCAGCGCUGUACGAGGUUUUGCAGGACGGACUCAAGGCCUAUGUGCUGGACCUGAUCAUCGGACAGCGCCGCUGUCAGCCCUGGAGCCUGGUGGAAGCCUCCACGCAGCUCGGCCCAUCUACACGUGUCCUCCACAACCUGCUGUCGAAGGUGAGCCAGUUCUCAGAGCUGACGAGCCACAGCAUGAGACUCAAUGCCUUCAUCUUUGGCCUCCUCAACCUCAAGUCUUUGGAGUUCUGGUUCAGUCAUCUCUUGACACAUGAAGACAUCAUAGCCGCCCACUACAAUGCGUGGGGCCUGGUCCCACUGGCUCAGGGUGCAUGUCAGCAGCUGUUCAGCGAACUCCUCCUUUUGCUGCAACCCCUCUCACUCCUCCCAUUCGAUCUGGACCUCUUGUUCGAACCCCGGCUCCUGGCGACGGGGCGCGAGCAGCAGAGACGCCGCAAGGAGCUGCUAUGUUCAGCGAGACAGUCCACCACCCGCUCCACCCUGGAGCUGAUGAGGGGUUGGGGCGCUGCCGUCGGGGACAUGGUAGCCGGGAAGGAGAGGGUGCCUCUGGGGUGGGAGGGGACGUGGCCCAGGACAGAAGUUUUCAGAAGGGAGAGUAUCCCUGUGGGAGGUGGUCACGGGUCCAAGGAAAGAGGGACAGGUGGCCAGAGGAUGAAAGGAGUGGGUCAAGGAAUUGAGGAAAAAGACGUAGGGAAGGACUCCCUGGGGAAGGACCCCACAAGGACGGACGAGGGGCGGCAGCGUCAGGACCGUCAGGCUGGGUGGUGGUACCAGCUCAUGCAGUCAUCCCAAGUCUACAUUGACCAAUCCACAGAGGGUUCUAAGUUUGUCAAGGCAGACAAGCGCAGGACGUCGGCUGAGCGUCGCCCCUGCCGACUGCCGCUUGCCAGAGAGGGUGUGGUGGACGGCGCCGAGUCUGGAUCUGAGGGGCGGCCCUCGUGGAUGGGAAGUCCGCCCGAGUCGGUCCUCAAUCAGGAGGCGACGGUGGGCGGCAAUCCGGUGAUCAAAGACCGGCCGGAGAGUGCUGUCCAGAGGCAAGGGCUGCGCUGGGGGCGGCUCUUCGGAUCCAGUGUUGGGUCUCCGACCAAGAUAGACAGGAGUGAACUGAGGGCGAAAGCUCAGAAGAGCAGGCAGCCGUCGGGCUGGCUCGGCCUGGACUCGUCGGUUUUGGGCCUGAUGGCUCAGACAAUCGGAGCUGGAGGCAUGAAAAAGGUAGAGCCUGUGACCGUCAACCCUCGUACUGUGGCAGCUUCACCCAAUGAGACCCGACCCAACGAGACCAAAUUCUCAACAUGCGAAGUGCGAGCGCUGUGCCACCACAUCGCCACGGAGGCAGGACAGCUCAGCUUCAACAAGGGUGACGUCCUGCGUGUGCUGAGCAAAGCUGAUGCAGAAUGGCUGCUCUGCUCUACGGGCGCCUCUCAAGGCCUGGUGCCCAUCGUCUACGUCUCGCUCUGCAGCAUGGAGGAGAGCCAGGAUUGCGGCGGCGGUGAAGGUGGUUCAGACAGGGGCUGCAGUGGCAAUGGUGACAUCGUCCAGGGUGGCGGCUGCAGUGGCAGUGGCGGCUCUAAUGGAGGUGGUGGUGCCUGCGGAGCUGGAAACAGGAAGUGAUCACCACCCUAUUCCAGACAAAGCCUCCAUUGAGACACGUGAGCAUGCAAAUAUAACCAAAACCUAAAGAGACUCCCACACCAACUGGACCUGUCAUGGUGCCGCUAUUAUUAUUAUUGUAACUAUUAAUACACCAGGUUGGACUUGCUGUCAAUCACUUCCGUGUGUGUUGGUGUGAGGGGCCAGCAUGUGAUGUUACAGACUGAAGCUGCUGUACUCCGUCUCGCCACUAAAGAACGCAGCAGUGUUAUAGCAGGGAUGGUCGUCCAAUAGAUUGAGCGGUUGUCGAUUAAUCGUGUCUCGAAUCAAUGGAGUCAAAUUGAAAUUAAUUGUAAUGGCUCCAUCAAGGAAACAUAGUAGAAUGUCCAUCCCUACUUGGUAUAACAAUACAACAUACUUCCUGUAACUUCACUGGAGUCAGCCCACGUAGCUUAGCAUGCUUCACAAAAAACAUUGUUGCGCUAGCUACCUGCGGCGGCGUGGGGUGCUAAUUGCUAGUAUCAGAUAUUUACCUGGCAAUUCUUCAAGAAUUGUUUGAAUGUGUUUUUAGCACUUCAGAAGUUAGCAUCCAAGCAUAUUAACAUUAGUGCUUUAGCGACAAGGCAGAACCGCUAAUGUCGAAAUGCCACCAAAGUCAUGGGAAUUUUUUUAGGUUGGAGAGGAAAAUCCCGGAAGUUACGUGAAGUUCAAAAAUUGUUAGCAACAUUAGCUAACCUGUUUUAUGUACACGUUUAACAGUUUAGAACAUUAACAAAUUAGAUGUUUACUCCACAUUUUUAAAAUGCAUUUCUUAUUUUUACGCUUGUGAAAUGCUAACACAUAACUCCAAAAUAUUGCACAGUUGAAAGUUUGACCCAGGGACAGUUUGUUUCACUUAAAUUGACGUUGGCGUUUCCACUGUCUUCUCCUGACUGGUCAACCGGUUGUCACGGUAACAGCUCGAGCUAAUUAUUAGUGAGCUAGCUUCCAUAAAAAAGGGACUUUUGCACUGUUUGGACACUUUAUUGACAACGUUAGCCUAUUUGCUUGCCUUCCUUGUACAGUUGAAACUAUUAAAUAAUGCCAACGUGGAUUCAAGUGUAAAUAUGUCAUUAUUCAGGAAGUGGUAGAAGGCAACACUUGUUGGUGAUUGGUGACUUUGUCGUGGCCCCACCUCCUGUCUGUAAAUACCUUCUUCUUCUUACAUGUAUGUACGAUGCUAACCGGCUAAUGUGGCUAACUAAAGUGCUCUUGUGACCAUGCGA